AUGACUUCCGAUCCCCUCUCCCCCGUCGUUGAGCGGCUCCUCCAGUCCCUCACACUGGAGGAGAAAGUCGCCCUGCUGGCGGGCAAGAACAUGUGGGAAACCGCGAACAUCGAUCGCCUGCACAUUCCCAGUCUGAAAAUGACCGACGGCCCGGCCGGAGCCCGUGGCUCCAAAUGGACUUAUGGCUCUCUCACAACCUGGAUCCCCUGCGGGGUUUCACUGGCCGCCACCUUCGACCCUGCGCUGGUGGAGAAAGUCGGGACGAUCCUGGGGGAGGAAACCCGGCGCAAGGGCUGCCAGGUCCUGCUGGCCCCCACCAUGAACCUGUCAAGAUCGCCCUUGGGUGGACGUAAUUUUGAGGGCUACGGCGAGGACCCCUACCUCAUCGGUGUGACUGCCAAUGCCAUCAUUCGAGGCAUCCAGAGCCAAGGGGUCGGGGCAUGCAUGAAGCACUUCAUCCUCAACGACACAGAGACGCGGCGGUUCAACGUUGACCAGACGAUCGACGAGCGCACAUUACGGGAGGUGUACAUGAAGCCUUUCACCAUGGUUGUCGAGGAAUCUUCGCCGUGGACGGCCAUGGUCAGCUAUCCCAAAAUCAACGGGCAGCAUGCCGAUACCAGUCCCGACAUCCUGCCACGUCUGCUGAGAAAGGAGCUCCAGUAUGAUCGCUUGGUCAUGAGUGACUGGGGCGGUUUGAACAGUACAGUCGAGAGUCUCCUAGCUACGACAGAUCUGGAGAUGCCUGGGCCGCCAGUGCGUCGCGGCCAGCGGUUGUUGGCUGCCAUCCAAGAUGGUAGCGUCGAUGUGGCUGCGCAUGUGGACCCGAGUGUUCGACGGAUGUUGCAGCUGUUGGAGAAAACGGGAUUGCUGAAUGCCGACGACAGCACGGACAAAAAGUCCGAGCAGACUACCGACGACCCUGUCUUCCAUCAAAUCGCGCGCGAGGCGGCACAGAAUGGUCUUGUGCUGCUGAAGAAUGAUGGUGUGUUGCCGCUUCAGCCCUCCAAGCUGCGAAAAAUCGCACUUAUUGGGCCCAACGCUCGUAAACCCACGGCUGGUGGAUCGGGCAGUGCCGCCGUCAACCCCUUCUACGUCACUACCCCUGAAGACUGCUUGCGGAGCGCAGUUCAAUCUGCAAACCCGGACACCGAGAUCACAUAUCAACCAGGAAUGCCCGACAGUCUGCGCCCGCACCUCCUAGGCGACAAACUGACGAUACCCGAUGGAACCCAGCCUGGCUUCCAAGUGAACUUCUUUGCAGGUCAUGCCUUCGAGGGUCCAGUUGUCGCGACUAGUCUGUGGAGUGACUCCCUCAUUUAUCUCUUCAGUGAUGGCGAUGUGCCGGCCGCGUUGGACGGUCGUCCGUACUCCUACCAGGCCUCGGGCGUGGUCACUCCCCGCGAGUCUGGCCGCUAUACCUGGAGUUUGGCAAACACGGGGCAGGCCAAACUAUUCCUCGACGACGAGCUGUUGAUCGACAACACCGAGUGGACCGGUACAACCGGGGGCUUCCUCGGCUGCUCAAGCAAGGACCGGACCGCCAGCAUCGAUCUCGAAGCGGGCCGCUCCUACCGACUGCGCGUAGACAAUGUCGUCACGCUGCCACUCGUGGACGCCUUCGACAACACGCUAUUCCCUCGCGUGUCAGGUGUGCGCGUUGGCUGUGUUCUGGAGCGGGAUGAGUCGCUGAUGCUGGAGCAGGCGGUCGCAUCAGCGCGUGAAGCCGACGUGGCGGUGGUGGUGGUGGGCCACAACAAAGACUCGGAGAGCGAAGGAGGCGACCGCGCGCACAUGCAGCUGCCCGGCCGCACCGACGAGCUGGUGGCCGCCGUUUGUGCUGCCAACCCCAACACGGUGGUCGUGGUGCAGACGGCCAGCGCGGUGACCAUGCCGUGGGUCGAUGCCGCGGCGGGCCUUGUGAUGGCCUGGUAUCAAGGCCAGGAAAACGGCGAGGCCCUAGCGCAGGCGCUUCUGGGCCACUGCAACUUCUCCGGCAAGCUCCCCAUCACAUUCCCGCGCCGGCUGGAGGAUCACGGCUCAAAUGCCUGGUUUCCCGGCGAGGCCGCGCAGGACCGCAACACUUUCGGGGAAGGAGUGCUGGUCGGAUAUCGGCAUUUCGAUGCGCAGGGGAUCCCGCCGCUCUGGCCCUUUGGGUUUGGCCUCUCGUAUACGCGCUUUGAGCUAGCGGAUAUCCACAUUACUGGGACUUUGAGUGCGGCUUUGCCGAAGUCCAAGGUAUUGGUCCAUGCACGGGUCGCUAAUGCCGGAAGUCGGGACGGACAGGAAGUGGUGCAGGUGUACGUGGCCCCAUCGGCGCAGAUUUCGGCGAUGGGACUGGUUAGCUAUCCUAAGACUCUUGCAGGAUUCUGCAAGAUUGCGGUGCCUGUAGGAGAGUCGCGCGAAGUGGCAAUCCCCAUUCCUGGUUCGGAGCUGACGUGGUAUGAUGCGAAGACUGGCCAGUGGCGAUUGGAUGCGGGCAAGUAUAAAUGUUGGGUGGGUCGUAGUAUCUGUGAUAUUGAGGCGGAAUUGGAGAUUGAGAAUCCAACUCUCCCUGCCGUCAUGGAUUUUACCACUGCUGUAGCCUGUCUGAACUGUCGAGAAAAGCAUCUCAAAUGUGACGGAAAUUUGACAGGAUGUGCUCGUUGCCAGUCCCUGAGUCUCUCGUGUCACUUCGUACCCUCUCGCCGUGGCCGCAAGUGUCGCCCAGCCGUGCCAGGCUUACAGUUGGUCUCGCUGUAUUAUCUACAUUUCCACCAAGCCCAUCCUUUCCUCCCCCCAAUGGAAGUUCUGCUAGAAUCCGAUCCCCCCUCUUACCUGCUGGACAUUAUGGAGUUCAUUAGUCUACAUUACCUGUCGCCCCAAUUCUUUCAGGACAGCAGCAAGAUCCUCCUUCUGGCGGUGCAGGCGGCAGAUCUGACAGUCGAAAAGACCCAGGCUCUCCUUCUUCUAGCGAUUGUGCAGCACGGGCGACAGCAAGCCCACGAGGCACGUUCCUGUCUGGGUCAGGCCCUUCAGAGUGCGCUGGAAUUGGGUCUGGACCGUCGCGAGGCUUCCGAUGCCCUCAGCGUGGACGCUCCCUUCAAAGCCGAGAGUCUCCGGCGCACCUGGUGGGAGAUCGUCGUGAUUGAUGUGUUGCUCGCAGCAGUCCAGGUGGAUGGAUACUUGCAAUUUGAGAUGAUUGAGCCUCCCAAAGUGCCUUUGCCCUGCGGACCAGAAGAAUAUCAGGCCGGAUGUAUCCUGAGUCCUCUCCAGCCCACCUUCGCCGACAUGGAGCAAAAUAGCCUGUUCUGCGGUGAUGUCGAGUUCUCCCCCUCUGCCUAUCGAAUAGAGGCUGCCAUGAUGCUGCGAAAAUGCCUGCGUGCAGGCGAGACGCAUGUCACUCAGGAAACACUCGAUGUACUCAACGCCGCCAUCACCGCUUGGUUCCAUCGGUUACCAUCGAGUCGACGCCCAAUCCUUCAGCCAAACGGCGUGCUGGACGAGAUAAUGAUGCAAGCCGUGAUGCUGAUGCACUGCGCCACCAUCUACCUGCACUUUCCUCGCUCUUGCCUUCUGGCCUUUCUGCCCAUCACCGGUCGUAUCAUGUGUUCAUCACCGCCGGCUUUCGUUACCACCUCGCUCGACCCUCAACUGCAUACCGCGAAGGUGGCGGAGGGUGCCGUCCAACUGUCUCGACUGGCUUCUUUGUCGGCCUCGGUUGUCAACCACACUCCGUUCUUUGCCUGCACGCUUGUGUUGAGCUCCGUCAUACAGGUAGCAAUCAUGCUUAGCGAUGGCCUACAUCCCCAAGGGCCUAGGCAGCAGUUUUUGUCGCUAAAUCUGGGGGUGCUCAGAUCAAUGGGAGAGACCUGGCCCAUCGCUGCCAGCGCCAUGCAGCGAAUCCGUCAGGCAGUGAUCGAGGUUCACACCGCAGUCCCGUGCGACGCCCGUCCCUUGCUAGACGUCUUUUCCCCUUCGACUUGA